UUAUUGGAAGUAAUUUUUACUAAAUAAAUUAAGAUUACAAGCCCAACCAAGACAUCAUAAAACCCUAGCAAAAACACUUCUUCCAAAACCCUCCUAUUUUCAUUCCUUCUUCCGGUUCCUCCAUUUUCUUGUGUACAAGAUUUGAAUUCUUGAAGGAAUUCUGUUAAGUAGAAAAACAAACAAUGACGAAGAAUGGAAAGGAUAAACCCAUGGAAAGUAAUGCAGAUUUCUUGCCAUUAGAAGGUGGUCCGGCUCGUAAGCUUCCCAAAGGUGAAGAUUUAGUUAACAAAGCUACUGUGGUUUAUAUCGGAAGGAUUCCACAUGGCUUCUAUGAGGAUGAAAUGAAGGGUUUCUUUCAACAAUUUGGAACCAUUAAGAGAUUAAAAGUUGCACGAAAUAGGAAGACCGGAAAAUCUAAGCACUAUGGUUUCAUCGAAUUUGAGUAUCCAGAGGUUGCAAAAAUAGUUUCAGAAUGUAUGCACAAUUAUUUGCUGCUUGAGCACAUGCUGCAAGUACACUUGAUUCCUCCAGAGCAUGUACAUCCUAGAUUGUGGAAAGGUUUAAAUCGUACGCAAAAGCAGCCAGUUGAUUUUGUUCAAAUAGAAAGGUUUAAGCAUAACAAGGAUAGGACACUGGAUGAGCACAAGAAAUUGCUUAAAGCAAUCCUGAAGCGAGACAAAAAGCGAAAAAGUAAAAUAGAGGCUGCUGGAAUUAAUUAUGAAUGUCCUGAAAUUGAGGGUGCUAACCUGCCUGCUCCAAAGAAAAUUAGAUUUGAUUGACGAUAGCUAGUUUUUCUAAAAAAAACGCCAAGUCUUAUCUCGGUAAGCCGCUAAAUAGACUGCAAAGUGAAUACCAAACGUUACAAAAAGCUUCCUUAAGUCGCGCAGUGAAGUGUUUACCGAUGAGCUAUGAAGCCACGCCAUUUUUGAACCUCCAACAAUGAGAGCAUUGUACUUUUGAAUUUGUUCUUAUAAGUGAUUAUCUGUAGUUUCUGUUAUAGGCUUGCUUAAUACUACAAUUGCUUGCAUUUAAAAUAUAAUCCAAUGAGAUUUUGUUUGAUUCGUCUUAAUGUAAUGAUUAUUAAUGUUAAUUUUUCUUAAUUUUUAACUAAGUAUAAUUAAA